ACAACCGAGAACAUUCGCGCUUAACUGUUUGCCCACGUCUGGUCACACUGCUACCUGCACAACAACAAAAGCAACACACAGAAAAAACAGCAAAAUAGAUCCAGCCUUAGCUACCAAAUAUUUAUAUUAGAAUUUUACCUACCCCGGCUGCGAAGUGCGCGCUUUUUACUGCGAUUUUUCGGCUGCCCCUCACACACACACGCACGCACACGAACAGUGAUUGCGCAAUUCCAGUGGAACGAGUGGAGUGUGGUGGUGUUCGGUGUGUGUGUGUAAACAACAAGCGGACGACAAGGAAACAGAAACAACGGGAAUUGAUUGGGACGAGUGGAGCUUUUGAUGGGCAACUCGCAACCGCGUAAUGCAAGCAGAAGCAGAAGGACAUCCCAGUGGCCACAAGGCGCAGCGGAACUAGGCGCCACAGCCAGCGAUCACCACUACCACCAGGAGGAGCUGCAUCAGGAGCAGCAGCAGCAACAACAGCCGCAACAGGAGCAGGAGCAACCGAGCAGCAGGAGGAUCCAGUUCCAGGCCCAAACCAACCAGCCAGCACAGUCGCAUCCUCCGGGCGAGGAGGAACAGCCUGUACAAUCACAGCAGCAACAGCUUUCCACCUGGAGUCUUGGCAGCCUUAGCGGAGGACGACUCAACUGGAGCUUCUCCGGUGCCCGCAACUCAUUUCGCCAUCGAAACAAGGCCACGCGAAAGAGCUUGACCUCACUUCAUGGCUCUCGUCGUGGCAAGACUCAGUGGCACCGACCUCUGACCAACUCAAUCUUCAACUCGCACUUUAAGGAGUCCAGCAAGAACGAUCUGUACUGUAUCGAUCAUUUGGUGGCCAAGGGAGCCUUCGGCGUGGUCUUCAAGGUGUCUAGCAAGAGUGACAACAGUCAGUGCUACGCCCUGAAGGUGCUGAAGAAAUCAAAGCUCAUAGAAGACAACAGCGUACGGCAGAUUAAGGACGAGGCGGACAUUCAGAAGGUUUGCGGCCAUCAUCCGUUUAUCGUGAAGCAAAUAGAUCUGUGGCAAAACCGCCACAACCUCCAUAUUCUAUCGGAGUACGUACCCAACGGCGAGUUGUUCUCGAAAAUAACUCACUUCUCCAUUGAUCUGGUUCGCUUGUACAUUGGCGAGAUAGCACUUGCCUUAGAUUUUCUCCACAACGCUGGGAUUAUAUAUCGUGAUGCGAAGCCGGAGAACAUCCUGCUAACUGAACAGUUUCACAUAAAGCUAACCGACUUCGGCCUUAGCAAGUGGCUCAAACUGGGGGCAAACACGCGCACCAUGUGUGGCACUUUCAAAUACAUGGCCCCGGAGAUUCUGUGCGGGGAACCUUAUGGCCAUGCGGUGGACUGGUGGGCCUUGGGCGUUAUUGCCUGUCAGAUGCUGACGCAGAAGUCGCCCAACAUCAAACGUCACCUGCUGCGACGGCGGGAGAGUGUGGAGCCCGAGGACGGCCUGUCCAAUGCCCCAUCCAUUGCCCAGAUCAACGGCUGCCUGCAGGACAGUGACGGCGACAGCGAGGACUUCCUGCCGGAGGAGGUGCAGCAGCUCACCCACGAGGGCAGGGAUGUGCUGCGCAAGCUGCUCACCAUUGAGCCGCGCCAGCGUAUCCGCAGUGUGAUGGCGCUCCAGAGGAUUGCCAUCUACAAGGACUACAACCUGAGCUCCAAGCAGCUGCUAAGUCUCUCGCCGCGGGAGAUUAUAGCCAGGGAUGGAAUCCGUAUCUACGAGGACAGGCAGUUCGACCAGCUGACCAAUCAGUGUGCCAUCGAUGCCUUCCUGGACUUCUAGCGCCCGAGUUGGAGGAGCCUUACAAACAAAAUCAGCCAUAUUUUUUCAACUUUUUUUGGUAUUAUUUAAACUGCAACGUUCCAUUUAACUAACAAUUUGUACAAAAGUUUUAUACUCUCGACUCGAUUAACAAAUGCCUUUAAAACGAAGAAAAAGUGCUUGCAUUCUUUACAAGUGAACAAAUAGCAAAUUGUUUAAAAAUUAAUAAUAAAUUAUAUUCCAUAUUAUAUAUGCUAUAUUGAGCGUUAAAUUCAAAUGUAUUCAAAAAGCGUGCAGUGAUAAAUUUUAAAUUUAUAAACUGA